CAUCAUAACACAGCAGCCUCCAGACCUCCUCACUGUAAUGGCUACCCGUAUAGUGGAUGACACUAGCGUGUCUGGAGUCCUGCUGCUGCUGCUCUGUCUCCUGCUCAUCACGGCCUGGUGCUUCACUAACGCCUCACACAUACCAGGUCCUUUCUUCUGGGCUGGUCUGGGUCCAAUCCUGUCCUACUCUCGGUUCAUCUGGAGUGGGAUAGGAACAGCCUGUAACUACUACAACAAGAGAUAUGGGAGUAUGGUUCGGGUCUGGAUCAACGGAGAAGAGACUCUCAUUCUUAGCAAGUCCUCUGCUGUCUACCAUGUCCUGAAGAGUGCCCACUACACAGCCCGGUUCGCCAGUAAACGAGGACUGCAGUGUAUCGGGAUGGACGGGAGAGGUAUCAUCUUUAACAGUGACAUCCCACUCUGGAAAAAAAUGAGGACAUAUUUUGCGAAAGCUCUGACAGGGCCUGGUCUGCAGCGGACAGUAGGGAUCUGUGUGAGUGCAACAGACAGGCACCUGGAGCGUCUGCAGGAGAUGACUGACCCCUCUGGACACGUAGAUGUUCUCAACCUGCUGAGAUGCAUCGUAGUGGACAUUUCUAACAAACUGUUCCUCAGGGUGCCUCUCAAUGAGAAAGAGCUGCUAUUGAAGAUUCAACACUACUUUGACACCUGGCAAACGGUUCUGAUCAAGCCUGAUAUCUUCUUCAAAUGUGGAUGGAUGUACAAGAGGCAUCAACAAGCAGCCAAGGAGCUACAGGACGUGAUGGAAAGCCUUAUCGAAACCAAAAGAAGAAUUAUCAGUGAAGCUGAAAAACUGGAUGAUGAUAUUGACUUCACCUCAGAACUCAUCUUCGCCCAGAACCAUGGAGAGCUGUCGGCGGACGACGUGAGACAGUGUGUGUUGGAGAUGGUGAUAGCAGCCCCAGACACUCUGUCCAUCAGUCUGUUCUUCAUGCUCAUGCUGCUGAAGCAGAACCCUGAGGUGGAGAUGAGGAUUGUAGAGGAGAUCAGCACUCUCAUAGGUGACUAUGCUCACACCUUUCAAAUAAAGGGGGUGCACACCAUGCUGACAAUCUCAUGUUCACUUCUAUCCACAGGAGAGAAGGAUGUAAUGACAGUUGACUUCCAGAACUUCAGAGUGCUGGAGAGUUUUAUCAAUGAAUCCAUGAGGUUCCAUCCUGUGGUAGACUUCACCAUGAGGAAGGCGCUGGAAGAUGACGUCAUCGAUGGGACCAAGGUUUCCAAGGGAACCAACAUCAUCCUCAACAUAGGGCUCAUGCACAAAACUGAGUUCUUCCCCAAACCCAAUGAAUUCAGCUUGGAAAACUUUGAUAAAACUGUGCCCAGUCGUUUCUUCCAGCCAUUCGGCUGUGGCCCCCGCUCCUGUGUGGGUAAACACAUUGCCAUGAUGAUGAUGAAGGCUGUCCUGGUGACGCUGUUGUCGCGGUACACGGUGUGUCCUCGUCAUGGCAACACACUGAGCAGCAUCAGGCAGACAAACAACCUGUCACAGCAACCCGUGGAGGAUGAACACAGUCUGGCAAUGAGGUUCAUACCAAGACAGAUGACCAUAACCUAACCACAACCACUACUGACCACAACCACUACUGACCACAACCACUACUGACCACAACCACUAUUGACCACAACCACUAUUGACCACAACCACUACUGACCACAACCACCACUACUGACCACAACCACCACUACUGACCACAACCACUACUGACCACAACCACUACUGACCACAACCACUACUGACCACAACCACUAUUGACCACAGCCACUAUUGACCACAACCACUACUGACCACCACCACCACUACUGACCACAACCACCACUACUGACCACAACCACUACUGACCACAACCACUACUGACCACCACCACCACUACUGACCACAACCACCACUACUGAUCACAGCCACUACUGACCACUACAACCAAUAUAACCUGUCCUGAUCCACAGCAACCUGUUAAGAAUGAACAUGAACACAACCUGACCAUGAGGGUCAUACCCAGAAUGACACAAGCAGCCUCCACUGACCACAACCAGCCACCACUGACCACAACCAGCCUCCACUGACCACAACCAGCCUCCACUGACCACAACCAGCCACCACUGACCACAACCAGUCACCACUGACCUAGAACCAGCCUCCACUGACCACAACCAGCCUCCACUGACCACAACCAGGCACCACUGACCACAACCAGGCACCACUGACCACAACCAGGCACCACUGACCACAACCAGCCACCACUGACCACAACCAGUCACCACUGACCUAGAACCAGCCUCCACUGACCACAACCAGCCUCCACUGACCACAACGGGUCACCACUAACCACAACCAGCCACCAGCCACCACUGACCACAACCAGCCUCCACUGACCACAACCAGGCACCACUGACCACAACCAGGCACCACUGACCACAACCAGGCACCACUGACCACAACCAGCCACCACUGACCACAACCAGCCUCCACUGACCACAACCGGUCACCACUAACCACAACCAUCCACCAGCCACCACUGACCACAACCAGCCUCCAAUGACCACAACCAGCCACCACUGACCACAACCAGCCACCACUGACCACAACCAGUCACCAGCCUCCACUGACCACAAUCAGCCUCCACUGACCACAACCAGCCACCAGCCACCACUGACCACAACCAGUCACCAGCCUCCACUGACCACAACCAGCCGCCACUGACCACAACCGGCCAGUUACCACUGACCACAACCAGCCUCCACUGACCUAGAACCAGCCUCCACUGACCACAACCAGCCUCCACUGACCACAACCGGUCACCACUGACCACAAUCAGCCUCCACUGACCACAACCAGCCUCCACUGACCACAACCAGCCUCCACUGACCACAACCGGUCACCAGCCACCACUGACCACAACUGGUCACCACUGACCACGACCAGCCACCACAACCAGCCUCCACUGACCACAACUAGCCACCACUGACCACAACCAGUCACCACUGACCACAACCAGCCACCACUGACCACAACCAGCCACCACUGACCACAACCAGCCACCACUGACCACAACCAGCCACCACUGACCACAACCAGCCACCACAACCAGCCACCACUGACCACAACCGGCCAGUUACCACUGACCACAACCAGCCUCCACUGACCACAACCAGCCACCACUGACCAUAACCAGUCACCACUGACCACAACCAAUCACCACUGACCACAACCGGCCAGUUACCACUGACCACAACCAGCCUCCACUGACCUAGAACCAGCCUCCACUGACCACAACCAGCCUCCACUGACCACAACCAGCCACCACUGACCACAACCAGUCACCACUGACCACAACCAGUCACCAGCCACCACUGACCACAACCACAACCAGCCACCACUGACCACAACCAGCCACCAGCCUCCACUGACCACAACCAGUCACCAGCCACCACUGACCACAACCGGUCACCACUGACCACAGCCAGCCACCAGCCUCCACUGACCACAACCAGCCAUCACUGACCACAACCAGCCUCCACUGACCACAACCAGCCACCACUGACCACAACCAGCCACCACUGACCACAACCAGUCACCACUGACCACAACCAAUCACCACUGACCACAACCGGCCAGUUACCACUGACCACAACCAGUCACCACUGACCACAACCAGUCACCAGCCACCACUGACCACAACCAGCCACCACUGACCACAACCAGCCACCAGCCUCCACUGACCACAACCAGUCACCAGCCACCACUGACCACAACCGGUCACCACUGACCACAGCCAGCCACCAGCCACCACUGACCACAACCAGCCUCCACUGACCACAACCAGGCACCACUGACCACAACCAGGCACCACUGACCACAACCAGCCACCACUGACCACAACCAGCCACCACUGACCACAACCAGCCUCCACUGACCACAACCGGUCAACACUAACCACAACCAUCCACCAGCCACCACUGACCACAACCAGCCUCCACUGACCACAACCAGCCACCACUGACCACAACCAGCCACCACUGACCACAACCAGUCACCAGCCUCCACUGACCACAAUCAGCCUCCACUGACCACAACCAGCCACCAGCCACCACUGACCACAACCAGUCACCAGCCUCCACUGACCACAACCAGCCGCCACUGACCACAACCGGCCAGUUACCACUGACCAUAACCAGCCUCCACUGACCUAGAACCAGCCUCCACUGACCACAACCAGCCUCCACUGACCACAACCGGUCACCACUGACCACAAUCAGCCUCCACUGACCACAACCAGCCUCCACUGACCACAACCAGCCUCCACUGACCACAACCGGUCACCAGCCACCACUGACCACAACUGGUCACCACUGACCACGACCAGCCACCACAACCAGCCUCCACUGACCACAACUAGCCGCCACUGACCACAACCAGUCACCACUGACCACAACCAGCCACCACUGACCACAACCAGCCGCCACUGACCACAACCAGCCGCCACUGACCACAACCAGCCACCACUGACCACAACCAGCCACCACUGACCACAACCAGCCACCACAACCAGCCACCACUGACCACAACCGGCCAGUUACCACUGAUCACAACCAGCCUCCACUGACCUAGAACCAGCCUCCACUGACCACAACCAGCCUCCACUGACCACAACCAGCCACCACUGACCAUAACCAGUCACCACUGACCACAACCAAUCACCACUGACCACAACCGGCCAGUUACCACUGACCACAACCAGCCUCCACUGACCUAGAACCAGCCUCCACUGACCACAACCAGCCUCCACUGACCACAACCAGCCUCCACUGACCACAACCAGCCACCACUGACCACAACCAGUCACCAGCCACCACUGACCACAACCACAACCAGCCACCACUGACCACAACCAGCCACCACUGACCACAACCAGCCACCAGCCUCCACUGACCACAACCAGUCACCAGCCACCACUGACCACAACCGGUCACCACUGACCACAGCCAGCCACCAGCCUCCACUGACCACAACCAGCCACCACUGACCACAACCAGCCUCCACUGACCACAACCAGCCACCACUGACCACAACCAGCCACCACUGACCACAACCAGCCACCAGCCUCCACUGACCACAACCAGUCACCAGCCACCACUGACCACAACCGGUCACCACUGACCACAGCCAGCCACCAGCCUCCACUGACCACAACCAGCCACCACUGACCACAACCAGCCUCCACUGACCACAACCAGCCACCACUGACCACAACCAGCCACCACUGACCACAACCAGUCACCACUGACCACAACCAAUCACCACUGACCACAACCGGCCAGUUACCACUGACCACAACCAGUCACCACUGACCACAACCAGUCACCAGCCACCACUGACCACAACCACAACCAGCCACCACUGACCACAACCAGCCACCAGCCUCCACUGACCACAACCAGUCACCAGCCACCACUGACCACAACCGGUCACCACUGACCACAGCCAGCCACCAGCCUCCACUGACCACAACCAGCCACCACUGACGACAACCAUCCCCCACUGACCACAGCCGGCCUCCACUGACCACAAGCGGCCCCCACUGACCACAACCGGCCUUCACUGAUCAUAACCAGCCACCACUGACCACAACCGGCCUCCGUUGGCCACAACCAGCCUCCACUGACCACAACCAGCCAUCACUGACCACAACCAGCCCCCACUGACCACAGCCGGCCUCCACUGACCACAAGCGGCCUCCACUGACCACAACCGGCCUUCACUGAUCAUAACCAGCCACCACUGACCACAACCGGCCUCCGUUGGCCACAACCAACCUCCACUGACCGCAACCAGCCACCACUGACCAUAUCCACUGACCUGGUCGGUGGAGGAGAAUGACCACAACCAACACUGACUUUUACCUCUGACCAUAACCAGGACUGACCACAACCAUCAAUAAUCUGACCACAACCAACACUGACCAAACUGACCUCACCACAACCAACGCCAACCACACUGACCUGACAGGUGGAGGAUGAACACAGCCUGACCAUGCCCAGAAUGAUCACACAUUUUACUGGCCACUUGAUCACAACAGCUGAGACACAUCUAGCACUGACCAUAUACAUGUAAAUACAUGAGUUACCAAGACUGUACAAUGUACAGAUAUGGGAUCAGGUACUACUACUGCUGGGCUAUAGUCAAUACUUUUUCUGUUUAAAGGCUACUAUCCCACAACUAUAAUACAGUAUUGCUACACUAGACUACAUUUUCAACACUAGUCUGUGCAUUUUUCUACUUAUUUUCUUGUUGUAAAAUUACAAUUUCUAGUUGUUUUUAAAACCAUGUCAUUAAAAGUGUAUAAAGAAUAGUUUGUAUCAUGUGCAUAACUACUGUAAACAUUUACUCAAUAAAAUUACAAUUGUGUAAUAAAUAUCUUUGUAAAACAA